AUGCAUGUCAGACCUGCUCAGGCCCGAGAUCUGGCCGACCUAGCCACCAACGCUACCCAUGCCAUGUUCGACGACGAGUUGACGUCUUUUAUGGCCCCCUACCGCCAUCAGCAUCCGCUGUGUCUUCGCCAAAGAUUCCUCGCACGGUCCAAGGCACGCUUCUACAGUGGUAGUCUGCUAUUGGCGGCAGUGACAGACCCAACAGACCCCUGGUGGGACGGCACGGAGAAGAUAGUUGGAUAUCUCUCGGCGACGCCACACAAGCACGCUGCAAAGACAUCAGAGACAUCGUCUUGGCUCCCCUGGAAUUGGAAUUGGAAUUGGAAUGCGCUGGAGGUCCAGCUACUUCGGGUCGAAGAUCUCUUCCGCUGGUAUGCUCACUCUGACAGAUCGAUCUCCCGAGCAAACAAUCGAGAAUUUCUGAAGAACGCCGCUUCUUCUGACCCAUUUGCCGAGAUCGAUGUCUACUGGAAGGUAGAUCAUUUGUCCGUCGAUCCGUCCUGUCAACGCUGUGGCAUUGGCUCUGCUCUGAUGAAGCAUAUUCAACGCGUGGCGACGAGCGACAAUCUUCCCAUCGUGCUUCUGGCCAGUGACAAGGGCCGGCCUUUGUAUCAGAAACUGGGAUUCGCAGAUCUUAGACCCAUUCCCUUUGCAAGAGGCCUUGCGGUAGAAGCUAUGGUGUGGUAUCCAGAGAAGUCUCCAAGUGAAGACUCUCCUUCUUGA